AUGCCGCAUUCGAGCUCGUUGAGCAGAUUGAGUCCCUUUCUAGGAGAGGACUCUUUACUCCGUCUUGGCGGGCGGUUAAGGAAUUCGGCGCUCAGCUAUGACAAGCAACAUCCUAUCAUAAUUCCGAAACAUCACUUAUCCGAUCUCUUAAUUGAUCGCGCUCAUAGAUCCACGCUCCACGGAGGAGCACAGUUAGUACUCCGUGUGCUACGUCAGCGAUACUGGCUCAUUAGAAGCCGCAACUCCGUAAAAAGGCACAUUCGAAAAUGUGUAGUCUGCGUUCGUCACGCAGCUAAACUGUCGUCUCAAUUCAUGGGCGACCUUCCCGCCGCUCGUGUAACGUCUUCGGCGCCGUUUACUCACUGUGGAGUUGAUUACGCCGGCCCACUCCACGUAAUUCCAUUCGUCGGCAAAGAGCAAAGGGCCAGAAAGGUGUAUAUCGCUCUGUUUAUUUGUCUUGCCACUAGGACAAUUCACCUCGAAAUGGUGGAGGAUUACUCCACGCCCGGCUUUCUUGCAGCCUAUCAGAGGUUCGCUAGCCGUCGAGGUCUGCCGCGUCACAUGUAUAGCGACAACGGCACAAACUUUCAUGGAGCCAACCACGAGCUUCAUCGACAUUUUCAAUCCUUAUUAGAGGAUGCUGACUUGCGAAACGCGCUCGCGGACGACGGAGUGGACUGGCAUUUCAUUCCCUCCGCCGCUCCGCAUUUCGGCGGAUUUUGGGAGGCCGGUGUUUUAGCUGCAUUACGCUUUUAUGCAUCAGGCAGUUAUCAGAAUUGCAUAGGAAAAAAUAUUCACAUGGCUAUUAGUCAACCUUCGAUCAGCAGAUGUGUUCGAAAUGUGACUAAUAUUCUUAAUCGUCCAGAAAUAUUUAACACUUGGGUAUGCUUUCCUAACAACCUUCAAAAGCUGCAGCAACUACGUAACAAAUUUUGGAUUAAGCAUCGCUUUCCUGGAGUGAUUGGUUGUAUAGACUGCACUCAUGUAGCAAUUGUUCCACCUCCUAAAGAAGAUGAGAAUUAUCCUGAACAUAUAUAUGUAGAUAAAAAAGGAUAUCAUUCAAUUAAUGUACAAUUGAUAUGUGAUUCUGAUCUUAUUGUUAGGAUUAUGAAUGUUAAUGCCCGAUAUCCAGGAAGCACGCACGAUUCGUAUAUCUGGAAUAAUAGUAAUGUUCUUCCUAUAAUGCAAGAUAUUUACAAUCGUGGACACAACUUUUUUUUACUAGGUGAUUCCGGUUAUGCGCUUAGACCUUGGAUGAUGACUCCAAUAAUGGACAAUAAUCUUAAUAUUGCAACAAGAAGAUACAAUGAUCGGCAAAAGAGCACUAGAUCGCUUAUUGAACGUUGCAAUGGUGUUUUAAAGAUGAGAUUUCGUUGCUUGUUGAAACAUACAGUCUUGCAUUACCGACCAGAUGUGUGCUCAAAAAUUAUCAAUGCUUGUACCAUAUUACAUAAUAUGUGCAUUCAUGAUAAAGUGCCUUUACCUGAUGAAGCAUUUGAAGAUGAAGUAUUGGAUUUUGGUAUGCUAAAUGUUAUGGAUGGUGUAAACGAACCCGGAAUAAAUUUAAAUAGAAAUAUUGAACUAAUAGCUGGAAGAAGAAUUCGCAAUAAUCUAAUACGACAUUACUUCUCUUGA